AUGGUGCCUUCACAAGUGACCUCUCUUGUGGUCACUCUCCUAGUGGCAAUAGUCUCUCUCACAUUGCCUUCAGAAACUUUAGCUAAUUACCCUUACUCAUCUCCACCACCACCGGCCUCUCCUCCCUACCAUUACAAGUCACCACCGCCUCCUUCUCCUUCUCCUCCAGUGCACUACUCACCACCUAAGCAUCCUUACCGCCCUAAGUCACCACCACCUCCUCCUCCAGUGCACUACUCACCACCUAAGCAUCCCUACCGCCCUAAGUCACCAUCACCUCCUCCUCCAGUGCACUCACCACCUAGGCAUCCCUACCACCCCAAGUCACCACCACCACCACCAAAGCCUUACCACUACAAAUCCCCACCACCACCUCCUCCUCCAGUGCACUCACCACCCCCACCUAAGGAGCCCUACAACUACAAGUCUCCACCACCACCACCCAAGAAGCCCUAUCACUACAAAUCUCCCCCACCACCUCCUCCUCCAGUUCACUUACCACCACCUUCCAAGGAGCCUUACCACUACAAAUCUCCACCACCACCACCCAAGAAACCUUACCAUUACAAGUCUCCUCCACCACCACCAAAGAAGCCUUACCACUACAUGUCUCCUCCCCCACCAGUGUACUCACCACCUCCACUAGUGCACUCACCCCCACCACCAAAGAAGCCCUACCAUUACAAGUCUCCUCCCCCACCAGUGUACUCACCACCUCCACCAGUGCACUCACCCCCACCACCAAAAAAGCCUUACCAUUAUAAAUCUCCUCCCUCGCCAGUAUAUUCACCACCUCCACCAGUGCACUCACCCCAACUACCAAAGAAGCCCUACUAUUACAGAUCCCCACCACCUCCUUCUCCUACUCCCCCUAAAUACUCGCCACCUAAGCACCCCUACCACUACAAGUCACCACCACCACCACCACCACCGAAGAAGCCUUACCACUACAAGUCUCCACCACCACCACCUCCUCCAGUUCCCACACCAUCUCCACCCAAGAAACCUUACCACUACAAGUCUCCCCCACCACCCCCUCCAAUCUCCAAGUCUCCUCCACCACCAGUUUACUCACCACCACCACCACCUAAGAAACCUUACAAACCACCAACUCCUCCAGCAGUUCACCCACCGCACGGUUAUAUCUAUUCCUCACCUCCACCUCCUCACCACUACUAGAUAUUGAAAGCUUAAUUGCAUCAAGCUGGUAAGGGAAGAAGAAAGGUCAGAAUAAAGAAAGGGGCUGUUGAAGUCGAACAGCGCGCCUUAUCAAAAACGAGUCUCCACGCAGCUGCUGAUGUAACGUGUUUUAUAUAUACGAUAUCCGAUAGAGGUUCAUAUUUUCCUUUCCUUGUAAUAUUAGACAGUUGUAGGGCACUCAUGUUCCAUGUAUUUUAUUUCCUGUUUCUCAAAAGAGAUGGUAUAUGUAGUUUGUUUCAACCUUCCAAUGGAGAGGUGAUCAUCAUAAUAAUAAAAUAAAUACAUUCCCCAA